CGGGCCCGGGAGGGCGGAGUCCAGGCGGGUAUCGGCCGCGGGAGGAGGCGCGGUGUCUCUGGAGUCCGGCACUCCCUCAGGCCGCUGGCGCGGUGCUUGCAGUUGCGGUUCGGGCGGCGGCGCCGGCGGGGAUGUGACCAGCGGUCCCUCGCCUCACCUGCCGUCCUUGGGCCCGUAGGUCGCUGGACGACCCGCGGCCGGGCCGCGGCGGAAGAGGCAACGUGACCUCCGCACGAUUCUGUCAAAUUUUAAGAACAAAUGCACCUUAUAGCUCAUGGAAGAAAAAACACAAAUCAAGACAUUUUUGGGUUCCAAGUUGCCAAAGUAUGGAACAAAAUCUGUAAGAAGUGCACUGAAGCCAAUGUCAAAUGGGACACCUGUUAAUUUACUGGGAACUUCCAAGAGUAGCAAUGUCAAAAGUUACAUCAAAAAUAAUGGCUCCAGUUGUCCAUCAUCCUAUUCAUUUAAUUGGAGAAUGGCAACUAAAUACCAACUUAGUGCACAAGAUGCUGAAGAGCCUAAUGAUACUCAAAGUUCACAUGAUAAAGUAAUUGAUUCUGAAAAACAUGCACCUACUCAAGGAACGGUUGAUAAAAAUGGGAUGAAGGGAGGUUUGAAAAGUAUUUCUUUACUUACAUCAAAGUUAGCAAAGCCAUCCACUAUGUUUGUGUCAUCUACAGAGGAGUUGAAACAAAAGUCUUUGUCUGGGCCAUCUAAUCUGGGUAAAUUCACCAAAGGCACAUUAUUAGCAAGGACUUCAUAUUCUUCAGCCAGUGCUCCAAAAUCACAGUCAAAUGGAUUUUAUGGAAACCGAUCAGCUGGCAUGCAAAGGCCUAGAACAAACUCUUGUGCUACCAGAAGCAGUUCUGGAGAAAGCUUAGCACAAUCCCUAGACAAUAUUAAAUCUCUUACUUGUGAAAAAAUGGUGAGGUCACAGAGUUUUUCUCAUUCCAUUCAGAAUUUAUUCCUUCCACCUGCAUCUAUAAUCAGAUCACAUUCCUUCAGUCGAGCUACAGAUCUUACAAAGCCUUAUCAGAACCAACAGCUGCCAAUUAGAGUGCCCCUGAGGUCAAGUAUGCUAACAAGAAAUUCUCAGCAGUCAGAAGUACUCAGUGGGAAUGAACAUUUAGGGUAUGAAUUUAAUAGGCCUUAUGCUGCAUGUGGAAAGAAGUUGGCUUUACCAAAUGGUCCAGGUGUAACUUCCACUUUGGGUUAUAGGAUGGUUCGUCCCUCUCUACUGAAGUCGAGCCGACCUCCAUUUUCUGGGACUGUCACAGCUGAUGGUAAUAAAAAUCUACCUACUGACAUGUGUGUGGAGGAAGAUGCUGCACUUUUGGCUAAGGACAGAGCUGCUGAUAAGGACCAAGAGCUAACUGAGAAUGAUAGCUACAGAACAGAAAAUAACCAGACCAUCAAGUGUGAUACUAAAAUUAGAUACCUGAGUGAUGAUGUGGAUGACAUUUCCUUGUCUUCUUUGUCAUCUUCUGAGAAGAAUGAUUUAAGUGAAGACUUUAGUGAUGAUUUUAUAGAUAUAGAUGACUCCAACAGAACUAGAAUAACUCCAGAGGAAAUUUCUCUCAAAGAAGAAAAGCAUGAAAAUGUGCCACCAAAGGAUAUAUUUGAUUCUCCCAAGGAAAAUGAAAAAUCCUUCAGUAAAACUGAUGAGUGGAUAGAUAUAAAUGUCUCUGACAGGAGUGAAUGUACAAAACAUACUUCUGGGAAUAACUUGAUUUCACCAGAUACAGAUUACAGAGCUGGUUCUUCAUUUGAACUUUCUCCAUCUGAUAGCUCUGAUGGAACAUACAUGUGGGAUGAAGAGGGCUUGGAGCCCAUUGGAAAUGUCCACCCAGUUGGAAGCUAUGAGUCCUCUGAAAUGAACAGCAUAGAUAUUUUGAAUAACCUUGAAUCAUGUGACCUUGAGGAUGAUGACCUUAUGCUUGACAUGGAUCUGCCCGAGGAUGCACCUCUUGAAAAUGUGGAGUGUGACAAUAUGAACCGCUUUGACCGAUCAGAAAGAAAUGUUCGGCAGUCUCAGGAAGGAUUUUGGAAAAGGCCACCCCAGAGGUGGAGUGGACAGGAACAUUGCCACCUCAGCCAUCCUGACCACUAUCAUCACCCUGGAAAAAGUGACUUGAGCAGUGCGGGCUACAAAGAGCUCUAGUCCAAGUAAAGAAAGGCAGUUCUGCAGUGGUCGGGAAAUGAUCAGGUCCAGCUUAAGAUCUUUCUGUUGGUAUAGUUUGAUGCAAGGAUAAAAGUUAGAAGAUCUGGAAGAAUGCAUGAAGCCACAUAUCUUUCCAAGCAUUACUUUGGCCAAUCUGUUUCUCCUAUCUGGGCUUUUGUAAGGAUUUGAGUUGGCACUAUCAGGCAAGAGUCUGAUGAAAGGUAGUCUUCAUUGCAACUAAUGAAUGGUAUGCUUCCCUCAUCUUUGAUGGUUGGUUUAUGAGAAGGUAAAUUUAAGCCCAACUUCUGAAAAAUUAGAAGCCUAACUAAAACAUGAACCAUUGCUUAUACUUCAGAUAAAGUCUAUUCAUCCAUUUAAUAAAAAUUCAUUGAGAAUCAGUAUGUUGAACUCUGUGCUAAAUUUUCAAGCUGGAAUGAAUUUGGGAAUAGUAUGAAUUGAAAUAUAGGAAUUAGUAUUGGUUUCUUGGAGCAUUGUUUGAGGAAGAUAAAAAGAAUUAUGCACUGCCUGUUCCAACGGAACAGUUGAAAUUAUUGCAAUUAUCACUUAGGUAGAAGAUUUAUGUGCCUUUUCCAUCAUAUAGAAAGAUGAGUAGUAGAUGCUUCCAGCUGCCAGGCUACUACUGACUCUGUGGGAUAGACAGGUAUGUAGAUUGUUCGUUAUAAUACAGUGUCAGUGCAACGCAGUGAUGAUGGAUGCUCCAAUAAAGUGGUGUACACAGCACUCUAGGAGCACGCAGCAACUGGUUUUUGUCUAGGAUAGUAGUGUAUAAAGGAAGCUACUAUAUUAAGCUGGUAAGUAUGUCUAGAGAGAUGGCAGAGGAGUAGUUUCUAUAGGAGAAUGAUGAGUGUUAAGAUGGAAAAAAAGACGUGAAAACCUGUAUAAAACAGUAGAUGUGAUCUUUAGGUAGCAAAACUAUCUAUGCAUUUAAAAUAAAAAGUGGCAAAUUUCAAUUUGAAGUGAGACUAUUAAUCAGACUAUCCAAAAUGGACGAAUUACCUGGAGGUAGUCAUCUCUGUCCCUGGGAAUGAUCAAGCUGAGGCUGAUUAGUUAUCUCUCAGAAAAGUUAAGCAGCAUUUUCCAGAAAUUAUAUUCCUGGAUGUUAGUAGGUGUAGAAAAGAGAGAUUCUUUGAUCAAAUGAAUGUGGGAAUGAACAAGUUAAACUUAAAUUAGGUUUUUUGGGUAUUUUUUUUGCCAGCCUCUCUCAGACCACAGAAGCUAGCAAUUCACUCAGGUAUUUUGUUUGGUUCACAGUGUGCUUUUAUUAUUCUUUUGAAUUCAUUACAACACUUAAAAAAUGGAGAAAUUUUACAGAAAAAUUGGGACUUACAGUUUCUCUUGAAAAAAAUUUUUAGUGUUGCAAAGCUAGCUCUGAAUUUCUGUUUUUCUUUUAAGGUAUCAUUGAUAGACAUUCUUAUAAAAGUUUCACAUGAACAACAUUGUGGCUAUUAACAUUCACCCAUAUAAUCAAGUCCCCCACAAACCACCAUUGCAGUCAUUGUCCAUCAGCAUAGUAAGAUGCUACCGAAUCACUACUUGUCUUCUCUGUGCUAUACUGCCUUUCCCAUACCCUCCCUCACAUUAAGUGUGCUAAUCAUAAUGCCCGUUUUCCCCUUUAUCCCUCCCUUCCCACCUAUCCUCCCCAGUCCCUUUCUCUUUGGUAACUGUUAGUCCAUUCUUGGGUUCUGUGAGUCUGCUGCUGUUUUGCUCCUUCAGUUUUUCUUUGUUCUUAUAUGCCACAGGUGAGUGAAAUCAUCUGGUACUUGUCAUUCUCCACCUGGCUUAUUUCACUGAGCAUAAUACCCUCAAGCUCCAUCCAUGUUGUUGCAAAUGGUAGGAUUUGUUUUCUUCUUAUGGCUGAAUAAUAUUCCACUGUGUAUAUGUACCACCUCUUCUUUAUCCAUUCUACCGAUGGACACUUAGGUUGCUUCCAUUUCUUGGCUAUUGUAAACAGUGCUGCGAUAAGCAUAGGGGUGCAUAUGUCUUUUUCACACUGGGCCCCUGCAUUCUUAAGGUAAAUUCCUAGGCAUGGAAUUCCUGGGUCAAAUGGCAUUUCUAUUUUGAGUUUUUUGAGUAAUCUCCAUACUGCUUUCCACAAUGGUUGAACUUAUUUACAAUCACACCAGCAGUGUAGGAGGGUUCCCCUUUCUCCACAGCCUCGCCAACAUUUGUUGUUGUUUGUCUUUUGGAUGGUGGCCAUUCUUACUGGUGUGAGGUGAUAUCUCAUUGUGGUUUUAAUUUGCAUUUCCCUGAUGAUUAGCGAUGUGGAGCAUCUUUUCACGUGCCUGUUGGCCAUCUGAAUUUCUCCUUUGGAGAAGUGUCUGUUCAGAUCCUAUGCCCAUUUUUUACUUGGCUUAUUUGCUUUUUGUUUGUUGAGGUGCAUGAGCUCUUUAUUAUAUAUUUUGGAUGUCAAGCCUUUCUCGAUAUGUCAUCUAUGAAUAUAUUUUCCCAUACUAUAGGGUGCCUUUUUGUUCUACUGAUGGUGCCCUUUGCUUUACAGAAGCUUUUUUAGUUUGAUAGAGUCACAGUUGUUCAUUUUUGCUCUUGUUUCCCUUGCCCGGGAACAUAUGUUCAUGGAGAAGUUGCUCAUGUUUAUGUUCAAGAGAUUUUUGCCUGUGUUUUUGUUUUAAGAGUUCCUGGGUUUCAUGACUUACAUUCAGGUCUUUGAUCCAUUUCGAGUUUACUUUUGUAUAUGGGGUUAGACAAUAAUCCAGUUUCAUUCUCUUACAUGUAGCUGUCCAAUUUUACCAACUCCAGCUGUUGAAGAGGCUGUCAUUUCCCCAUUGUAUAUCCGUGGCUCCUUUAUCACAUAUUAAUUAACCAUAUAUGCUUGUGUUAAUACCUGAACUCUCUGUUCUGUACCACUGGUCUGUGAGUCUGUUCUUGUGCCAGUACCAAAUUGUCUUGAUUCCUGUGACUUUGUAGUAGAACUUGAAGUUGGGAAGUGAGAUCCCCCCUGCUUUAUUCAUCCUUCUCAGGAUUGCUUUGGCUAUUCGGGGUCUUUUGUGGUUCCAUAUGAAUUUUAGAACUAUUUGUUCCAGUUUGUUGAAGAAUGCUAUUGGCAUUUUAUAGGGAUUGCAUUGAAUCUAUAGUUUGCUUUAGGCCAGAUGGCCAUUUUGACAAUAUUAAUUCUUCCUAGCCAAGAGAAUGGGAUGAAUUUCCAGUUAUUAGUGUCCUCUUUAAUUUCUCUUAAGAGUGUCUUGUAGUUUUCAGGGUAUAGGUCUUUCACUUCCUUCGUGAGGUUUAUUCCUAGGUAUUUUAUUCUUUUUGAUGCAAUUAUGAAUGGAUUUGUUUUCCUGAUUCCUCUUUCUCCUAGUUCAUCAUUAGUAUAUAGGACUGCAACAGCUUUCUGUGUAUUAAUUUUGUAUCCUGCAACUUUGCUGAAUUCAGAUAUUAGUUCUAGUAGUGUUGGAGUGGAGUCUUUAGGGUUUCUUAUGUACAAUAUCAUGUCGUCUGCAAACAGGGACAGUUUAACUUCUUCCUUACCAAUCUGGAUGCCUUUUAUUUCUUUGUGUUGUUUGAUUGCCAUGGCUAGGACUUCCAGUACUAUGUAGAAUAAAAGUGGGGAGAGUGGGCAUCCUUGUCUUGUUCCUAAUCUUAGGGGGAAAGCGUUCAGCUUCUCACUGUUAAGUAUGAUGUUAGCUGUGGGUUUGUCAUAUAUGGCCUUUAUUACAUUGAGGUACUUGCCUUCUGUACCCAUUUUGUUGAGAGUUUUUAUCAUGAAUUGGAUGUUGAGUUUUGUCAAAUGCUUUUUCAGCAUCUAUGGAAAUCAUGUGGUUUUUGUCCUUUUGGUUUAUGUAGUGGAUGAUGUUGAUGAAUUUUUGAAUGUUGUACCAUCCUUGUGUACUUAUUGCCAUUGCAGGCUUUGGAUUCGUGGUUACCAAAGUUUCAUGGAUAGCUGCUUUACUAUCUUACCAUCUAGCUUAACUCACUUAUUAUGCUAUUAUAAACACAGUCUGAUGAUUCUUUAUUUCUCUCCCUUCUUUUUAUUCUUCCUCCACUCUUUAUAUGUUAGGUGUUUUAUUCUGUACUCUUUUGUGUUUCCCUUGACUGAUUUUGUGGAUAGCUGAUUUUAUUUUGCAUUUAGUUAGUAUUUGUUUGGUCUGCUUUCUUUGCUGUGGUUCUCUGGUGACAUCUGUUUAGCCUUAGGAGCACUUCCAUCUAGAACAGUCCCUUUAAAAUACACUGUAGAGAUGAUUUGUGGGAGGUGAAUUCCCUCAACUUUUGCUUAUCUGGGAAUUGUUUAAUCCCUCCUUCAAAUUUAAAUGAUAAUCUUCCUGGAUACAGUAUUCUUGGUUCAAAGCCCUUCUGUUUCAUUGCAUUCAAUAUAUCAUGCCAUUCUCUUCUGGCCUGUAAGGUUUCUGUUGAGAAGUCUGAUGAUAGCCUGCUGGGUUUUCCUUUGUAGGUGAUCUUUUUUCUCACUCUGGCUGCUUUUAAUAUGCUUUCCUUGACUAUAAUCUUUGCCGUUUUAAUUAUUAUAUGUCUUGGUGUUGUCCUCCUUGAGUCCCUUGUGUUGCGAGAUCUGUGGACUUCCAAAGGCUGAGAGACUAUUUCCUUCCCAAGAUUGGGGAAGUUUUCAGCAAUUAUUUUUUCAAAGACACUUUGUACCCCUUUUUCUCUCUCUUCUUCUUCUGGUACCCCUAUAAUGCAAAUAUUGUUCUGUUUGGAUUGGUCACACAGUACUCUUAAUAUUCUUUAAUUCCCAGAGGUCCUUUCAUCUCUCUCUGCCUCAGCUUCUCUGUAUUCCUGUUCUCUGAUUUCUAUUCCAUUAACAGUCUCUUGCACCUCAUCCUGUCUGCUCUUAAAUCCUUCCAUUGUUUGUUUCAUUUCUGUUAUCUCCCUCUGGAAUUCAUCCCUUAGCUCUUGCAUAUUUCUCUGUAGCUCCAUCAACAUGCUUAUAACUUUUAUUUUGAAUUCUUUUUCAGGAAGAUUGGUAAUUGCGGUCUCACCAGGCCCUCUCUCUGGUAUUUGAGGGAUUUUAGACUGAAUAAGUUCUUCUGCCUUUUCAUGGCAAUGGAAGUGAUUGCCGGCCAGUGGCGCGUGUGUCAGCUGGGAGAACAAAGUCCUUUCCUGCUUGCCAGUCGCCUUGCCCUUCUCUGCUGCUGUGCCGGUCAACUACACAUAGGGAGCAGCCUCAGGGUUAAUCCCCUAAACUGCCAUGGGCAGGGCGGCCCUUGGGUUGGCCUAGGCGGGGAUCGCAGGUGAGCGACAUGUGUUCUCCCCUGAGUAUGGUCCCCCUUUGUGCUUUCUGGACUCUGCACUGGUCUUCGCUGCCUGUUUCAGGCAACCACACACAGGGAGCAGCCUCUGGAUUGAUUCCCUGGGCUGCCAUGAGCGUGGCAGCCCUUGGGAAUGCCUGGGGCAGUGGCUGUGGUUGCAGGUGGGCAGCGCAUGUUCGCCCCAACAAAGCCCCUACGUGCCUCCCAGACUCUGUGCCAGUUUCCUCUGCCUGUGCUGGUUAGAGGAAAAGCCCCUUUGUGCCUUUCGGACUCUGUGCCAGUCUCCGCUGUCUGUGUCAGUCCACGGUAGGCAGGGGGCAGCCUCUAGGUAUGGCCUGGUUAGGUGCGUUAGGCAAAGCCUCUCUGUGGUUGCUGUGGGCCGGGAUGCUCCCCAGUUGCUCUGCAGCAAUGGCGGGUCAACUGGUUCACUUGAAGUGUCGGUAGCAGGGACUGAACGGCAGGCUGCUCAUCGCCGUUAGGGGCUUCUGAGCUGCGUUGCCACCCAGGGGUUUAGGGCACCUGAAGUUCCUUAAGUUUUGCAGCCUGAUGGACUGAGUGUGCCAGGACGAUUUUGUCCACCAUUAAACCUUUGCCCCUUUAAGACUUUUAAAGCCCCGCUUUUCUUUUGUCCCAGUGCAGCCAGCUGUGGAACCUGUUUGCAGUCUUAGUCUCAGAUUUUGCUUUUCCAGUUCUCUAAUGUCCAGUACAUGAUGCAAUGUGUGUCUGUGCUCCCAGUCCAGAUUACUACGGCUGGUUAUUUAGCAGUCCUGUGCUUCCACUCUCUCCACACUCAGAUUCUUUUCCUCCCGCCAGUGAGCUGGGGUUGGGGCAGUGCUUGGGUCCUGCUGGGUCACAGCUGUGUGUCUUACCCUUUUCAUGAGAUGGUGAGUUCUUGCAGAUGUAGAUGUAGCCUGGCUUUGUACCGUAUCUUCUGGUCACUCUUUUAGGAAUAGUUGUAUUUGCUGUAUUUUCAAAGUAUACAUGGUUUGGGGAGGAGAUUUCCACCACCGUACUCAUGCCACCAUCUUGAGAAAUCCCCUCAGUGUUGUUUUAAUUUGCAUUUCCCUGAUAUUUAGCAAUAGGGAGCAUCUUAUCAUGUGCCUCUUGGCCAUCUGAAUUUCUUCCUUGGAGAAGUGUCUCUUCAUAUCCUCCACUCACUUUUUAAUACAGUUAUUAGCUUUAUGGGUGUUGAGGCAUGUGAGUUCUUUAUAUAUUUUGGAUGUUAAACCCUUGUUAGAUAUGUCGUUUAAAAAUAUAUUCUCCCAUACCAUAGGAUUCCUUUUUGUUCGGCUGAUGGUGUCCUUUGCUGUAUAGAGCUUUUUAGUUUGAUGUAGUCUCAUUUGUUCAUUUUUGCUUUUGUUUCCCCUGUCCAAGGAGAUGCAUUCAGGGAUAAAUUGCUCAUGUUUGUAUUCAAGAGAUGUUUGCCUAUUUUUUCUUCUGAGAGUUUUAUGGUUUCAAGACUUACAUUCAGGUCUUUGAUCCGUGUCGAGUUUACUUUUGUGUAUGGGGUUAGACAAUAAUCCAGUUUCAUUCUCUUACAUGUGGCUGUCCAGUUUUGCCAACACCAGUUGUUGAAGAGGCUGUCAUUUCCUAAUUCUAUAUCCAUGGCUCAUUUGUCAUUUAUUAAUUGGGUGUAUAUGUUUGGGUUUAUAUCAGGGCUCUCUGUUCUAUUCCAUUCGCAUAUGGGUUUGUUCACAUGCCAGUAUGAAAUUGUUUAGAAUAUUGUAGCUUUAUAGUAGAGCUUUAAGUUGGGGAUGUAAUCCCCCCAGCUUUGUUCUUCCUUCUCAUUAUUGCUUUGACUAGUUGGGGUCUUUUGUGGUUCCAUAUGAAUUUUAGAAUUAUUUUCUCCAGUUUGUUGAAGAAUGCUGUUGUUAUUUUGAUAAGGAUUGCAUUGAAUCUGUAGAUUGCUUUAAGCAGGAUGGUCAUUUUGACAAUAUUAAUUCUUCCUACCCAAGAGCAUGGGGUGAAUUUCCAUUUAUUAGUGCCCUCUUUAAUUUCUUUUAAGAGUGUCUUGUAGUUUUUAGGUUAUACAUCUUUCACUUCCUUGGUUAGGUUUAUUCCUAGGUGUUUUAUUCUUUUUGAUGCAAUUGUACAUAGAAUUGUUUUCCUGAUUUCUCUUUCUGCUACUUCAUCAUUAGUAUGUAGGGAUGCAACAGAUUUCUGGGUAUUGAUUUUGUAUCCUACAACUUUGCUGAAUUCAGAAAUUGGUUCUAAUAGUUUCAGAGUGGAUUCUUUAGGGUUUCUUAAUGUACAAUAUUAUGUCAUCUGCAAACAGUGACAGUUUGACUUCUUCCUUACCAAUCUGGAUGCCUUUUAUUUCUUGGUGUUGUCUGAUUGCCAUGGCUAGGAUCUCUAGAACUAUGUUAAAUAAAUGUGGGGAGGGUGGGCAUCCUUGUCUUAUUCCCAAUCUUAAAUGAAAAGCAUUCAGCUUCUCGCUGUUAAGUAUGAUGUUGGCUAUGGGUUUGUCAUAUAUGGCCUUUCUUAUAUUGAGGUACUUGCCUUCUAUACCCAUUUGGUUGAGAGUUUUUAUCAUGAGUUGGAUGUUGAAUUUUGUUGAAUGCUUUUUCAGCAUCUAUGGAGAUGGUUAUGUGGUUUUUGUCCUUCUUUUUGUUGAUGUGGUGGAUGAUGUUGAUGGAUUUUCUAAUAUUGUACCAUCCUUGCAUCCCUGGAAUAAAUCCUACUUGAUCAUGAUGGAUGAUCUUUUUGAUGUAUUUUUUAUUUUGAUUUGCUGAUAUUUUGUUGAGUAUUUUUACAUGUAUAUUCAUCAGGUAUUUAGGUCUACAAUUUUCUUUUUUUGUGGUGUCUUUGCCUGGUUUUGGUAUUAGAGUGAUGCUGGCCUCAUAGAAUGAGUUUGGAAGUACUCCCUCCUCUUCCACUUCUUGGAAAACGUUAAGGAGGAUGGGUAUUAAGUCUUCACGAAAUGUUUGAUGAACUUCAGCAUUGAAACCACCUGUUUCAGGGGUUUUGUUCUUAGGUAGUUUUUUAAAUUACCAAUUCAAUAUCAUUGAUGGUAAUUGGUCUAUCAGAUUUUCUGUUUCUUUCUGGGUCAACCUCGGAUGGUUGUAUUUUUCUAGAAAGUUGUCCAUUCUUGUAGGUUAUGUAGUUCGUUGGCAUAUAAUUUUUCAUUAUAUUCUCUAAUAAUUCUUUGUAUUUCUAUGGUAUCCGUAGUGAUUUUUCCUUUCUCAUUUCUGAUUCUGUUUAUGUAUGUAGACUCUCUUUUUUUCUUCAUAAUUCUUGCUGGGGGUUGUAAAUUUUGUUUAUUUUCUUGAAGAAGCAGCUGCUGCUUUCAUUGAUUCUUACUAUUGUUUUAUUCUCAAUUUUAUUUAUUUCUGCUCUAAUCUUUAUUAUGCCCCUCCUUCUGCUGACUUUGGGCCUCAUUUGUUGUCCUUUCUCUAGUUUCAUUAAUUGUGAGUUUAGACUGUUUAUUUGGGAUUGUUCUUCUUUCCUGAGGUAAGCCUUCAUGGCACUAUACUUUCCUCUUAGCAUGGCCUUCACUGCAUCCCACAGAUUUUUGCAGUGCUGUGUCAUUGUUGUCAUAUGUCUCCAUAUAUUGCUUGAUCUCUGUUUUUAUCUGGUUAUUGUUCCAUUGAUUAUUUAGGAGCAUGUUGUUAUGCCUCCAUGUGUUUGUAGGCUUUUUGUUUUCUUUGUGUAAUUAAUUUCCAGUUUCAUACCUUUGUGGUCUGAGAAGGGGGUUGGUACAAUUUCCAUCUUUUUGAAUUUACUGAGGCUCUUUUUGUGGCCUAGAAUAUGGCAUGUUCUUCAAAAUGUUGCAUGUGCACUUGAGAAUAAUAUGUAUUCUGCUGCUUUGGGGUGGAGUGUUCUAUAGAUGUCUAUUAGGUCCAUCUGUUCUAAUGUGUUGUUCAGUGCCUCCAUCUCCUUACUUAUAUUCUGUCUGGUUGCUCUAUCCUUUGCAUUGAGUGGUGUGUUGAAGUCUCCUGAAAUGAAUGUAUUCCAUUCUAUUUCCCUUUUUAAUUCUGGUAGUAUUUAUUUCACAUGUGUAGGUGCUCGUGUCUUAGGUGUCUAAUAAGUAUUUAUAAUUGUUAUAUCCUCUUGUUAGAAUGACCCCUUUAUCAUUAUGUCAUAUCCUUCUUUGUCUCUUAUGACUUUCUUUGUUUUGAAGUUUCUUUUUUUUGAUACAUAUACUCUACCUCCUUCUUUUUUCCUCUCUAUUAGUACAAGAAAUAUCUUUUAUUUUUCAAUCCCUACACUUUAGUCUGUGUAUGUCUUUGGGUUUAAAGUGAGUCUCUUGUAGGCAGCAUAUAGAUGCAUCUUGUUUUUUUUUAUUCAUUCAGUGACUAUGUCUCUUUAUUGGUGUAUUCUGGCCAUUUACAUAUAGGGUGAUUAUCGAUAGUAUGUACUUGCUGCCAUUGCAGGCUUUAGAUUCGUGAUUGCCAAAGCUUCGAGGUUAACUUCCUUAUUAUCUAACAAUCUAAUAUAACUCACUUAAUAUGCUAUUGCAAGCACAAUCUAAAGAUUCUUUUUUUCUUUUUUCUCCUUUUUUUCCUACUCCAUUCUCUGCAUAUUAGGUAUUAUAUUUGGUAUUCUUUGUCUAUCCCUUGACUGGCUUUAGGGGUAGUUGAUUUGAUUUUGCAUCUGCUUAGUAAUUAAUUGUUCUACUUUCUUUACUGUGGUUUUAUUUCCUCUGGUGACAGCUAUUUAGCCAUAGGAACAGUUCUAUCUAUAGUAGUCCUUCUAAAAUAUGCUGUAGGGAUGUUUUAUGGGAGGUAAAUUCUCUCAGCUUUUGCUUAUCUGGAAAUUGCUUAAUUCCUCCUUCAAAUUAAAUGAUAAUCUUGCUGGGGAGAGUAUUCUUGGUUUUAGGCCCUUCUGCUUCAUUGCAUGGAAUAUAUCAUGCCACCCCCUUCUGGCCUAUAAGGUUUCUGUUGAGAAAUCUGAUGAUAGCCUGAUGGUUUUCCUUUGUAUGUGAUAUUAUUAUUCUCUCUGGCUGUUUUUAAUACUCUGUCUUUAUCCUUGAUCUUUGCCAUUUUAUUUAUUAUAUGUCUUGUUGUCUUCUGGGUCCUUUGGGUUGGGAAAUCUAUGCACCUCCAUUGCCUGAGAGACUAUCUCCUUCCUCAGAAUGGGGAAUUUUUUAGCAGUUACUUCCUCAGACACGUUCUAUCCAUUGUUCUCUUUCUUCUUCUAGUAUCCCUUUAGUACAAAUAUUGUUCUGUUUAGAUUGGUCACACAGUUCUCUUAAUAUUCUUUGAUUCCUAGAGAUCCAUUAUUCUCUGUGUGCCUCAGCUUCUUUGUCUUCCUGUUCUGCAAUUUGUAUUUUAUUUACUGCUUCCCCUACUUCAUCUAAUGUCCUUUUAAAUCCCUCUAUUGUAUGUUUCAUUUCCAGUACUAUAUUCAUCAACAUUUGUAUAUCAUUCCUGAAUAACUCCCUGGGUUCUUGAAUAUUUUUCUUUAGCUCCAUGAGCAUGUUUAGGAAUUUUUUUUUUU